CUCACUGCCUCAGUCGUCUCUUGGCUGUGGUAAAGGGAGGUGCACUACCGCCGCGCUCCUCAGGACUUUUAGCAGUCAGUGGUCUGUGCCUCAUAGGAGCUUUAUCCCACAGUGCCCUUGUCUCGUGUCUAGCUCCCCUUCUGAGUCACCAUGGGCUUCAAACUGCUCAUCUUCACCCUCCUACUGAGUUCAGUGUUGGCGCACCCGGAGCCAGAGCCCGGCCCGCUGCCUGAGGAAGUUUAUGAUAACUACGAGUACGAGGAAGAACCGGUGGACUACGGAGAGGUGCCGGAGUUCGUGUAUCCUGAGCCCCAGACCAUCACGGGCGUGGAGGGAGGCAAGGUGAUCAUUCCCUGCAAGCUGAGCACUAUGGAUUCCCCGUACGUGCUCAUUGUGAAGAAGCAGAAGUCGGACACAGAGGAGGAGCAGCUGCUGUUCGCGGACAACCAGAAACUCGUGCGUAGGCGCAGCCGCCGCUACAAGCUCAACCAGGGCAUGAUGGAGAUGUCUCGCCUGCAGGCGUCUGACUCCGGCAACUACGUGUGUCGCCUCCAGGUCGACCCGCCCAUCGAGGUGGUGCACUAUGUGGAUGUGCAGUUUGCCCCGAAGAUCACCCACCACUCCCCUGAGGAGCAGCAGGUGGUGAAGGACGAGAGUGUGAAGUUGGAGUGUGAGGCAAAUGGCAACCCAACCCCCACCAUCCGCUGGUCCAGGGAGGACGGCCACCUGCCAUCCGGCGCUGAGGAGGAGGAGGGGCUGAGCAUGACCCUAGAAGGAGUGGACCGCCACGUGGAAGGCACCUACAUCUGCACGGCUGACAACGGCAUUGGAGACCCUGCCAGCGCCUCCAUGGCCAUCACCGUCAGCUACAAGCCAGAGAUCAUCACGGAGAAGACAACUGUGCGCACUGGUGAGGGGGACAAGGUGGAGCUGGUGUGCAUUGUCCACGCCCGGCCAGCGCCGCAAGUGGUGUGGAGCAAGGACGGCCAGCCCAUCGAUGAGCCCGGCCAGGUGGAGGAGCACGACAAGGGCCACCGUCACUCCCUGCAGAUCAAUGGUGUCACUGAGAAUGACUUUGGGAAGUACGAGUGCCUAGCCACCAACGAUCUGGGCACCGCAUCCGCCCCCAUCCACCUCACUGGGUACCCCAAGCACCCCAAAGUGACUAGCGACCCCAACGGUGGCGAGGAGACAUCCUACACCCUCACCUGGGAGACGGAGAGUUACUACCCCAUCCUGGAGUACCGCCUCAGAUACCGCCGGGCCAAGGCCAACGACUCCACUGACCUGCCCGGGGACUGGGAGGAGGCCACCUACGAGGCAAAGGAGAUCGAGACAGAGGGCCUGGUGCACCGCAUGAAGCACACACUGGAAGGGCUGCAGCCGGCCACCGACUACCACGCUGCCAUCCAGGUCAAGAACAAGUUCAACUGGAGCGCCAAUGCUGAGUAUGCCUUCUCGACUAAGAAAGUUCCACCCACCACCACCACCACUCCCUCUGCCACCCAACCCACCACCACCUCCACUCUACCCCCUUCCAUCCCUGCUGGGGAUUCAGAGGGUGGAGUGGAAGGCGCCAUCCCAGAGGUGACAGGGCACCAGAUGACGGAUGGUGCCCCGCUGUGCAGUCUGAGUACUGUGGUCUUCCUGCUGCCCACCUUGUUGCUCCUCAGGACUUAAACCUCUACUGGCACUAGUUCCUGCUACACCAGAUAGUUUCCACUGCCUCCUACAUCCUGAUUGGCCUAAGGAUCAAAUUGUCUGCUUCUCUGCUGUGGCCUCAAGCUUCCAUCUGUGGCCAGCCCGGUGUUUUGUAAUCUCAACCUAAGGAAUGGUUUAUUAAGCCACUAUAGUUUGCUGGAGUCCCUUGUUGCUUGAGUUCACACUCCUAGGUGUUGUUGUAUUCCUCUGGUUAGCAGUCUGAAGUAAGUAGCGUAGAGAUGUAACGGAGAGUGAUGUUGGUAGGCAGUGGUGAUGGCACUGUGGCACCGGCAGUGGUGGCACUGCCAGUGCUUGCUAGUCAUCUCAUGGUUGCUGGAGAUGGUGCUUCUGAAUCACACUUCGGCGUCACAGAAGUAGUUUUGCAUUCUGUAAAGUAAAAGGUCUGUUAUUCUUGUGUCACACAUUUCAGAAGAAUACAACUGCCAAGGUUGAACUGAAGCAGGAGAUGGCAACAAGCGAGACUUUCUUUUAUGGUUUAUGAUUUAAGUCUGGAAUAGGUAGCAUGUAACAAAGCUCAAAACAAGAAAUACACUAGAAUACAAAAUUUUAAAACAAAAAUGGCUGAUUGACUAGUAAUGUGUGUGUGUGUGUGUGUGUGUGUGUGUGUGUGUGUGUGUGUGUGUGUGUGUGUGUGUGUGUGUGUGUGGGGAACCAGUCAGCUGUGAGGGCACUCCUCCAUUGCUUUGUGGUGACGGUGGUGGCUCAGCAGCAGAGGAAGCUCCCACACCUCACGUUAGGUGGUGGUCAGUCACUGCUUGGCUUGGGGUGGUCAGGUCACACUCCUCUGCUGCCCGGUGACCCAUAGCCCGACCUGGUGUGUUCCCUGCACACAGAAAUGGCGGCAGAAGUCUGAGUGGUAUUGAUUUAGUGUUAUUUUUUAGUACGAUGCAAAGAUUUCAGUAGAUGGGUCGGCUUGGCCUUAGAUGUGAGCAUUGCAUAGGACUAUACAAUUUGGUGUUUGAUAUAUACAUACAUAAAUACCACUCAUAUUCUGCCACACUGGGAUAUUUUCAUGGUGAGGUUUUACUCCUCACAUUAACUUACCCUCACAGGAGAUGUACCUGAGGCCACCAGUGUAGUGCGGUGGGUGUGCAGGCAUCUCAGUGUAUAUAUGCAUAUAAUGGAUCUUUUCCUUGCUCCCUCUCUCAGUCAAACCGGCAAAGCCACAUCAGAAUGUCUUUUGAUGUAUGUUUGGAGGAUCAGUCACUCUUGGUUCUGGAGGAAAUAUCCCACCACCAUUAGUGUGUCACUGGGUCACCUCACAUUAGUGGCCACCUCGUCCAACACUGCCCAUGUCUGAAAUGUUCACUAAAUUGUAACCCAGGAAAAUUACAUCUUUAUAAAUAAAUAUUUGAUAGUAACAAAGAGAUGUAGUGUUGACAUCUACUUUAACAUGGACAAGCUCCAGCUGCUGGAAGAUGAUAAUGAUGAUUCAGCAUCAUUGGUUUUUGGCAUCCUUAGAUGAGAAAAGUGUGACCUUUCUAAUAAUGACCUUUAGAUGUCUCAAAAAAAAAAAAAAACUAGAAAAUUGUUUGAGAAAUGGUCUGUUUAAUGUUUGUGAGUUUGAUAUACAUCAAAAUAUUGUUAAAACCUUGUAGAUCUCCACUAGUUUUCAGGUUCCAUUCCCUUCAUUCUUGACAGAAUAAAUAGACAAAAAUAAAACAAUGCAGUAGCUGCACUCAUCUCAUGUACAGAAGGUGGGGCAGGAAUGAACAUUUCAGGCACUGCUGGUGUGGAGGCAGGUGUGCAUGACCAGGCCGAGAUGGGUGUGAUGGGUAGUGGCAAGGCAAUGUCAUCAGUGCCUUCUGGUUCAUCGUAUAGCUGUAUAAUUUGUGGCCAUUUCCUUUCUUCACCGAGGCACUGUGAUCUGGUUCAGUGACACAGUGGCCCUUCCUCUUCUCCAAUGCUGAGUUUGUUUCACCUUCCCAGCCUCGUCCUGGACUGUCGUCAUCAGUGUGAGGCGCCCAUGCGGGGCCGCCCGGGUGUUUAUCUAAGAAAACUAAUCCUACAAAUUGUUAGGUUUAGGGUCCUGUCCUUGAGUUUGAUAAUUACUAAAUGUUUAAUAAUAGAAAUGUAGUUAAAAAAUUUUCCAUGCCGCACACCAUCACUAAACAACAACAACAUCAUCAUCGCGUUCCUCUGAGUCUUGAGUUGAACAUUCCGUAAUGGGCAGGCCGCUGUGUCCACUGCCAGCCGGCCUGCAGCCACACCCUGGCCCUAGUGACUGUGACUCCAGCACUGGCUAUUGGAAGGGAUCUCAAGGACUUCAGCUCUGAUAAGCAAUCUAUGUAUUAAAUUCAUCUUCUCCUGCAAUUGCUGCUGUAGGAAAGGCCCCACUGAAGGGUUUGGGGAACUGCGCAUUAUUGACAGAGCUGCACAAAUUUAGUUUUGGAGCUUGACCAAUGUAUUAAUCACUUUGCCUUCAACAAAUUAAUCAUAAUAGCUAAUUAUUAAAAACUGGUAUAAGUAAUUUUUUUCAGCCAUGGUGGUCUUUGAAAGGUCAUCCGAGUUUUAAGGUAUUUAGAUACUAAAGUUUCCUAGCAGGGGUGCUGGUCAGCUGUGGCACCGCCUGAGCAUUGUACAUAGUAGGAGUGAGGGGACGAGAUGAGCUGGAGUCUGGCUUGGCUUGGUGCAGACGACAGCUACGCCAGAUGGCACUGAUACUGCUCAAAAAAAUCUCAUACCAAAAAUUGUGACUAACAGAAAAUGUGGAAAUUAUUGACCAAAAAUUACAAUUGUCAGUGUUACUUUCUCAAACUUAUAGCACAUUAAGAAUUAUACACAGAAAGAAACCUAAUCCAGAUUUCAAGAGCAUAGUAUAACACAAAAUUAAAGCUUGAACUUAAUUGUUGUUAGGCAAAUACACAAAACACCAAAGUAAAGUAGAAAAUAAAAAGAGAACGUCUCACGUUCACAAGCACUGGGUGUCUGCCUUGCUGCUGGGUCUUCAGGAUUCAAUUUAGCAAGGCAGCACCUGAAGACAUGAGCAAUGAACAGCUAUAAACACACGUCAGAAUGUUUCAGCUAUUCAGGUUGAUCUGUCCUCAGUCAAGGGACAGAAGUGCUUUUGUAAUCAGUCCAGGAAAAAAAAACCUCCGUGCCAAUAUGGCCAGUGAAGGGAGAAGCCCAGUGUUACAGUGAGCAGCAGUUCCUGAUUGGCGUGGCUGUGGUGCUGUGCUGCAGUGGUGGUGGUGGUGUCAGACACAGCCAUCAGGGUGUACAGACUUGGCUUCAUCCUGUGCCCACACGCAAAAAACUCAUUUGUGACGGUUGUAGCCUCAAUCUUGUGAAAAUUUUUAUUUAUUCUUUUGUGAGUUCUUUGUACAUUGUGAAAUCUGUAAAACUUUUUAAAUUAAAGUGGAGUAACAUCCUA